AUGUGGGAGCGCAGAGGCAGAGGGGAACCUGCAGCCUGCACAGCAGCCGUGUCGAGCCGCAACGCCAGCGGCCUCCGCCCACCUCCAGCCAUUCUGCCCACCUCCAUGUGCCAACCUCCAGGGAUCAUGCAAUUCGAAGAGUCACCGCUGGGGGCGCAGGCGCCCAGGGCCACCCAGCCACCGGACCUUAGACCAAUAGAGACCUUCUUGACAGGAGAACCCAAGGCUUUAGGGACCGUGCAGAUCCUGAUCGGCCUCAUCCACCUUGGCUUCGGCAGCGUCCUGCUCAUGGUUCGCCGAGGCCACCUGGGGAUGCUCUUCAUUGAAGGUGGCGUCCCCUUCUGGGGAGGAGCUUGCUUCAUCACCUCUGGGUCCCUCUCAGUAGCAGCUGAGAAAAACCACACCAGUUGCCUGGUGAGGAGCAGCCUAGGGACCAACAUCCUCAGUGCCAUGGCAGCCUUCGCUGGGACAGCCAUUCUUCUCAUGGACUUCGGUGUCACUAACUGGGAUGUGGGCAGGGGCUACCUUGCUGUGUUAACCAUCUUCACCAUCCUGGAGUUCUUCAUCGCUGUCAUUGCCACCCACUUUGGGUGCCAAGCCACCCGUGCCCACACUAACGCAUCUGUGAUUUUCCUACCCAACGCCUUCGGCACGGAUUUCAACAUCCCCAGCCCAGCGGUCUCUCCACCCCCUGCCUAUGACAAUGUGGCAUACAUGCCCAAGGAGUCAUCGGAGUAGAAGAUCGCACCUCCUCUUCUGCAGAUGUCCCCUGGGCUCCUCUGCACUGUCCUCUGCUCAUCGUGGGAAAUCUUGGCAUCACAGUUUCACGGGUUUGCCUCUAGAAGGUCCUUAAGCAUGGAGAACUCAGAAUGUUCCAGAACAGACUGGCAUUUCAGAGGCUCUAGCCCUACCACAGAGCAAGGCAAUGGGCCUGACCUCCAGGCUCCUGGUCCCCAAGACCAGCUCUGUCCUUUGUCCUUUGCUGUUACAUCUGUGGGUUUUCAUUUUCCCACCUGGAGACUAAAGUGCUAAACUACAUAACUACAAGGCCGAUCCAGCACCCCUGGUCUCUCUGGGGUCCUAGGGUCUAAGCCAGGUAUGGCCCCCACUCCCUCCCAGAAGCUCCUUCUUAAGAGGACAUUGGUAUUGACUCUGGCCCUUCCCACAUACUAGGACAGGAGGUUGCA